UAUCACCUGUCGAGGCCUUGUGGAGUAUUUUAAGGCAUACAUAAAGAUCUACCAAGGGGAAGAGUUGCCACACCCCAAGUCGAUGCUGCAGGCCACAGCAGAAGCCAACAAUUUAGCAGCAGUUGCCACUGCCAAAGACACCUACAGCAAGAGGAUGGAGGAGGUCUGCGGGGGGGACAAGCCCUUCCUGGCUCCCAGCGACCUGCAGAGCAAGCACGCCGAGCUGCGGGAGGAGGCGGUGAGGCUGUUCCGGGGCGUGAAGAAGAUGGGAGGGGAGGAGUUCAGCCGGCGCUACCUGCAGCAGCUGGAGGCGGAGAUCGACGAGCUCUACGUCCAGUACAUCAAGCACAACGACAGCAAGAACAUCUUCCACGCCGCCCGCACCCCGGCCACGCUCUUCGUCGUCAUCUUCAUCACCUACGUCAUCGCCGGCGUCACCGGCUUCGUGGGGCUGGACAUCAUUGCCAGCCUGUGCAACAUGAUCAUGGGCUUGACACUUAUCACACUCUGUACCUGGGCUUAUAUCAGAUACUCUGGGGAGUACAGAGAACUGGGAGCAGUUAUAGACCAAGUGGCCGCAGCCUUGUGGGACCAGGGAAGCACCAACGAGGCCUUGUACAAGCUGUACAGCGCGGCCGCCACCCACCGGCACCUGUACCAGCACGCCUUCCCCGCGCCGCGCUCCGAGCCCGACGGCCCCGACAGGAAGAAGGUGUAAAAUCAAACAAGCCCGGCACGUUCCCGUCGAUGCAUGAGGGAGGCGCUGCCGCCUCCUCGGAU